AUGGAGGAAGCCAACGGUGAAACAUACUCCGACACCAGUGCCUUUUUACGCCUUAACAGCCGAUAUGACACAAAUGCUGAAGCCGAGGUUGUCCAGUGGAUUAAUCAAAUUGUUGGAGAGAGCGUACCUCUCGGACGAGAAAAUGUUCAACGAGCACUCAAGGAUGGCAAGAUUCUUGUGAGACUCAUUGACGCUGUUUACGAGAGAACAUCAAAUCUACCACCAGCAGCUCACAAUGUUCGCCGACCGCUAAAACCAAACACCAUGAACGCUCCAUUUAAACAGAUGGAGAAUAUCCAAAUAUUUUUGGAUGCCGCCGAAGCUUAUGGUGUUCCCAAGACUAGCCUAUUCCAGACCGUUGAUCUUUAUGAAGCCCGAAAUAUGUCACAAGUUAUCAACACCAUCAUGCAACUUGGCACUGAAUGCCAAAGAAAUGGUUUCUCUGGCCCGAUUUGUGGACCAAGACCCACUAAUAAACAGCAGCGUCAAUGGACUGAAGCGCAGCUUAGAGCCAGCGAAGGCAUUGUGUCUCUUCAGUCAGGAACCAACAAGUUUGCUUCUCAAAAGGGUAUGACCUUCGGUGGUGUUCGUCAUGGCGCCGAUAUUAAGGCCGAUGACAUGACUUUGGAGAGUCAGGGCAUUUGCAGUCUCCAGAUGGGAACAAAUAAAUUUGCCUCACAAAAGGGCAUGUCUUUCGGUUCUGUUCGUCACGUUGCAGAUAUUCGUUGCGAUGAUGUCACAAAGGAUGGACAGGGUAUUAUUACCCUUCAAAUGGGCACCAAUCAAUGUGCCUCUCAAAAGGGCAUGGCAAUGGGAGGCGUUCGCCAUGGCGCUGAUAUUCGUUGCGAUAACAUGUCCCGUGAGGGUCAGUCCACAAUCACCCUCCAGUAUGGUACCAACAAAUUCGCUUCUCAAUCCGGUAUGACCGCAAUUGGUGGUGUUCGUCAUAUUGCCGACAUCCGAGUCGGGCAAAUGUCAGCCGAAGGCGCUUCGCAUCUUGGUUUACAAAUGGGCCCCGGUGCUAACCAGGUCGCAACACAAUCUGGAAUGUCAUUUGGUGCAAUUCGUCAUAUCAACGACUCUCACUGA